UUCCGCCGCGCCCUGGAUUUCCUCCCCGCCGAGCUCUACCCCGUCCUCAUCCAAGCCGCCGUGGUGGACGGGCGGAAGUUUGUGGUGCGGGAUCUGGGGGGGACGUGGCCCUUCCCCAUCCUCAGUUUCCACUGGGUGCUGGAUUACCGGGAAUGUCACUACGAUCGUCCCCGGAGGCGUCGCCCGAUCCACCUCGAUGACCCCAAGAAAUCCUGCAUGAAGGCCGUCAUCCUGGGCGUUAUGGCGCAUCUCCGCCGGGAGCUGGAGGGGCCCUGGCACGGCACCAGACGCGGGCGCCGUUUCCCGCCUCCUUCCUUCCAAGGUUUCUUCUCUUCGCCCAGCGAGAGACGGUGCCGUCUGCGGGUGGUGGAUAUGACGAGUCUCCAGACUGAAGACGAAGAGAAUCGUGUACCGGACACAUUGUCCUCUUGGUCCAUCACGGACGUGUUGGCCAAAGCCUGCAUCGAGGUCUUCAAAAACCACACCGCGUUCCUGAAACGUUGCUCCAAACAACGCAAAGGUUCCUCUGGCGCCUCGGCGGCUCCACGAUCCAUCCAAGUGGAGGUCCUCGCCGAUCUUUAUGUCGCUGGAGACAUCGACCUCGUGUGUGAUGCCCUGCGAAUCGCUGCCGUCAGUCCCCUGUGCCUGAAAUGCCGUGAUUUCCACGCCGAGAACCUCUCCUUCGCCCACACCCUGGAUUUGGUGCAGACCCUGGAUCCCGCUGGCAUUCGGCGGUUAGAUCUCUGCUUCAACGACCUGGAUCUGCGCGACCUCUGCGGCGUUUUAGUGCACGUCACCAGAUUCACUGACCUUCUCAGCCUCAAAAUAUCUUAUGCCGAGGAGGAGCCAGAAAUGAUGGCGACACGUGCCGAACUCCAGGGCCUCUCCGCACUCCUGGGGAGACUGACCUGGCUCAAGGAGCUCAACUUGACUUGCUGCAAGCUUUCGGGGAAACUGAGGCACGCUCUCAGCGAGGUGCAGGUUCCCCUGGAAAGCCUGGAGUUGCCCGUCUGCAGCCUCCUUCCCAACGACCUCGCCUUCCUUUCCCAAAGCAUCCACGCUCCAGCGCUGAAGAAAUUGGACCUGAAUUACCUUAAUUUUUCCGAUGCCUUUCUCCAACCUCUUCGGGAUCUCCUGGAGGAGGCUUCGGCCUCUCUCCUCCACCUGGAUCUCACGGAAUGCCGCCUGACGGACUCCCGGCUGGAAGCUCUGCUGCCGGUGCUCUGCCGUUGCUCCCGCCUCCGCUGCCUGGGACUUUGUGGUAACCCACUUUCCUCGACAGUGCUCAAAACCCUGUUGCAGGAAACGGUGAUUCUCCGGGAUUUACGCCUGGUGUACUACCCGUACCCCAUGGAUUGCCGGAGGCAGAAUCUGCCACCUCCGCCCUCAGCUUCCCACUGCGUCCUUUGGCACGACAUGGACCAGGAGCAUUUUGCCGUGGUAAAGGCCGAGCUGCGCCGGAUGCUGGUGGACUCCGGCAGAGCCGACAUUGUCUGGACCGACAAAUUCCUCAACUACAAAGCUGUGGACUAUUUUGUUGUGCAGCGAAGCUUGGAGCCCUCGUCCUGCCCUGAGGCACCUGAUGAACUCCAGUGGCUUCACCGCUGUGCCGCAACCCUUCCUUCCUCCUAA